AUUUUGUCUCUUUGUUUUUUUUUGUUGUUUCAUGAUUUGUUUUUCAUCACACAUACCAGUGAGGGAAGUAACUUGACCCCGGCGCAUCACUAUCCCGACUUCCGCUUCAAGACCUACGCUCCGCUGGCCUUCAGAUACUUCAGGGAUCUGUUUGGCAUCAAACCAGAUGACUACCUGUACUCAAUGGUGAAUGAGCCUCUCAUCGAGCUAACCAACCCGGGGGCCAGCGGCUCUCUCUUCUACCUAACUAGCGAUGACGAGUUCAUCAUUAAAACCGUCCAGCACAAAGAGGCCAAGUUUCUGCAGAGACUGCUGCCUGGAUACUACAUGAACCUGAACCAGAAUCUACGCACACUACUGCCCAAGUUCUACGGACUCUACUGCAUCCAGUCCGGAGGAAUCAACAUCCGACUGGUGGUGAUGAACAAUGUGCUGCCGCGCUCCGUCAAAAUGAACUACAAAUACGACCUGAAGGGAUCAACCUACAAGAGACGAGCGUCCAGGAAGGAGAGAGAGAAGGCCUCUCCGACCUACAAAGACCUGGAUUUUCAGGACAUGCAUGAAGAAGGGCUUUACUUUGACCCGGAGACAUACAACAACCUAAUGAAGACCCUGCAGAGAGACUGUCGGGUGCUGGAGAGUUUUAAGAUCAUGGACUACAGCCUACUGCUGGGUGUUCACAUCCUGGACCACAGCCAGAGAGAGGGGGGUGAGCCAGGCCAGGCAGGGGGGGACGGGAGGAGACCUGUGGGUCAGAGGGUGCUUUACUCCACCGCCAUGGAGUCCAUCCAGGGAGACGGCAAGGCAGCUGAAGCUCUCACCACAGACGACACGAUGGGUGGCAUCCCCGCCAAAACACACAAAGAGGAAAAGCUUCUCAUCUUCCUGGGUAUCAUCGACAUUCUACAGUCGUAUAGGUUCAUUAAAAAGUUGGAACACUCGUGGAAAGCUCUGGUGUAUGAUGGCGACUCAGUGUCGGUGCACAGGCCCGGGUUUUAUGCCAGCCGCUUCCUCAAGUUCAUGAGCACACGGGUCUUCAGGAAGAACCAACCACUUCGAUUCUCCCCUUCAAAGAGGACUCGUACAUCCAUCCCGGCUCUGAAGUCUUCCUCACAGGAGAUCCUUUCAUCACAGGCGGAUGAGAGGAACGAGGAGGACAGGAGGGUCAGGCUGGGAGGAGCGUGCAGUCUGGCAAGUCUGGAUGGACAAGUUGUGUUUGAUUCGUACGAUCGUCCUGAUCUGGUCCCUGCCAUCCCGUCUUUCUACGAGGGCUCCUCCAUGGGAACCAUCUCCACCUCCUCCAUCUUUGUCAACGUAGACAACCAAACAGAAGAGAGAGAGGACGUUGGGUCCAGCUCCACGUUCACCCUGGAGGACAGCGCUAUCUGCCUCAAUUCGGAGCAAAGCACCAUGGACGUGGACAUAGACCGUGAUGACGGAUCAGUUCUGGAUGUGUACUUGUGAAAGGAGCAGUUUUACAACCUUCAUUUCCUCCUGCCAAUCAUAAGACAAUCCCCUCACUCCAUUGGACAGACCAGGCUGGCCUUUGACUCCACUUUCAGUGCUGCUACAUUCAUUUUGCCACACAAACUGCCAACACAUGAAAAGACUGAGAAUCCUCUCCUGUUCAUGGACUGAAAGACAACACAGAGACACAGUGCUGGACAUCAGCUGAAACCAUGACAUAUCAUGCAAUGUGAUGAACGUCAUACUGAACUGAGAGCCGCUUUUAGAGCACGAGUCAACGCAGUGCCAUUUAGUUUUAUAAUAGGUAAACUGUUCUCAAUGCCUUCACAGAGACCUAAAGAUUUGUUAUAUCAACUGUCUAUAUGAGGAGGGGGUAGAGACAUUUCUUUAAAUGAUUUUUUUUCUACAGACCAGAAAUAGAGACUUUCAAAGUUUUUAUCUGCAUUAGAAGCUGAUCAGAGGAGUUUACGAUGAAUUUAUAAAGGCAUCUUUGUCCCUGAUGAACGGGGACGUGUGGUCACAACAUGGAAACAAUCUGUAUGUGAAUCCCCGAGCCAAUACAGAUGAGAAAGGGCUGAUCUGAACAGAUGGGAUGAAACAUAGGAGUACAAACACCGACUGUGAUUUGGCAGAAGUGGUCCUAUUUCUCCUAUCCUUUUAUUCCUUGAACCAGUGGCCUUGGCGAUGGGCUGCUGUAAAGUGAAGUGAGUAAAGACAGUUACUGGCUGUUUGAUCGACCACAGAGCGGAGAUGCUGCACUCGCUUUUGAUUUAAAAAAAGCACUUUUGACAUUGGUUGUGAAUGAUUACUGUAAGACAUAUUUUUCUCUGAAGGAGUUGCUUAGGUGGUAGGCUACCUGGCAUAAGCACAGAUUUGGAUAUGUGAAUAUGCACUUUUCUUUUUUUUCUCUUUUUACUCUACAAAUGCAACCUCUGUAAGUCAUCGAUACUACAUGUACAGAGAGAGUUAAGGAUCAUUGUGGAUCAUUUUUGAUGUGGAGCUUCUAGUUUUGUGAGGUUUGCGUCAUGACUGAAAUGCCUUUACUCAGGAUAUCCUUUGAUACUGAAUAAGUGUGUCCUCUUCACAAGUUAUGAGACAUGCAUCCUUCACUCAGACGCUGUCCGAUACCUCUUCAUCAAAACAUUUCCAAACAUAAAUGUUGAAUUCCAUGAUCACGUGUUGGUUCAGAUCAUAAUUUAUUGUGUAAAAAUCAAUAUUUUACCAUCUGCUGCAAAAUACCUUCAUCGCUGAAUGUAAAGACAAUGCAUAUUUAUAUCUAGAAGAGACUCCUAUAAAUAAACGGCUCAAUUACA